GGUCGGCAUUCUUGCUGGUACACCCCCACAACCUACCUCUCCAUUUGCGAAAGAAAAAGGAAACCUACCGCUCUCCGACCGUCCAUGGCGCCGCCGGCGGUCCGGUCGUGGGGGGAGCUGCAGCACGACCUCCUUGUGGCGAUUAUGUCCCGCGUGGGCGCCCCCGAUUUACUUUCUGGCGGCGCACCCCGUACCUGCUCUGCGUGGUGGGCCGCCGCUCGCGACCCGCUCGCAUGGCGCCGCGUUGAUCUCCGGGACUGGACAGCCCGGACCUCCGCCCGGCGCGCGGCUGGGUCCGGUGCCACCAGAGGGAGCAUCUCCGUCCAGGACGCUCUCACCGGCGACCUUGAGGUCGCCGCAACGCGGGCAGAUGGUCGGAUGGAGGCUGUGCUCCUCCCGGAGUUUGCCGAUGAAGGGCACCUCAUGUUCCUCGCCGAGAGGAGCCCAAACCUGCACUAUUUCAGCUUUCCUACCACAUGUGUGACUUCUGAUGACUUCUGUGAGGUGAUCAGCAAACUUCAGUCACUUAAAGGCAUGGCGGUGGAUGAGAGUCUUGUUAAUUAUGAAGUCCUCCUCCAUGUGCACCAGUGUUGCCCAGAUUUUCUGGAGCUGAAAGUGUUUGCUCUCUAUGUGGAUGAAGAUAUGGCCUCCGUAAUUUGCGAGUCCCUUCCGCGGCUGAAGAAGCUCGAGAUACCAAAUUCUGAUAUGUCCUGUGCUGCAAUAGUAAAAUUCCUGGAUUGCCUAGAGGAGCUUGAGUAUCUGGAUAUAUCAGGUUAUGAGACCUCGGCCAUCUCAAGCAGCGUGCUUCAUAAAGCUUCACGGCUCAAGGCCUUUAUCUGGAACUCGAAGUUUGAGCUCGGCGAGUUCAUGGAUUGCUCAAAUUGUGGAGAACACAACAUUAAUCCUCAGGAGCCCUGUAAGUGCACCAUGGAUAACAAAGUCAUGGAUUGGCUGGCUGGGCCAUCGCAAACUGCCUGACACCGGGCAUGCAUGUGUAGUCUCUGUUGUUAACUAAUUAUAAUUUCCUGUUCGAAAAUUCUAAAUAAGUUUGAGUUGGUCGUAGUACAAUGUAAUGGAUGGUACAUUCGACUGCAUAGUCGAUAUGACAUUUUGUUUGCUUGUCUGCCUGUUUUUUCUA